GCUCCUCCGUACUCUUCUCCCAGUUCUUCAUCCCCCAAUCUUCUAUCGGCUUGCGGUCGGUGACUUGCACGCGCUCACCGAUCUAAGAAAGCCAUUCGAGUCAAAUUUGACAUCGCAUUUCGGCCGCCAAGCUGUUUUCGCGACUCUUCAAUUUCGCCGCAUCACCGUUCCAAACAACAACAAUGCCUCCUCCGGUGAGCGACGUGUCCGAUGACGAGUCGACUGGCGAGUCUAUUCCUUACGAGGAGGCCCCCGCACCCAAGAAGCAGGCAAAGAAGCAGGCCGUUGACGAUAACGAGGAUGAUGAGGACGAGGACGAAGACGAAGAAGAAGACGUUUACCACGUCGAGAAGAUCGUCAGUCAUGAAUGGGGCAAGAAGGGCGAGCUGCUCCUGCAGGUGAAAUGGAAAGGAUAUGAUGACCCCGCCGACAUGACACUUGAACCAGAGGGAAAUCUCGAUGGUGCGCAGGAGGCGGUCGAUGAGUACUUUUUCAAACUGGGUGGCCGUCCGGAGAAGCCUCAAACCAAGAAGCGCAAGUCCUUGGGAAGACCUCCUAAAUCAGCAACCCCCGAGCAGACACAACCGAACAAGCGGAGAAAGUCUCGAGCAAACGAGUCACCGGAACCCCAAGCAGCAGAAGAAGACAGUGAUUCCAGCUCGUGGGUGCCCAAGUCUAAGAGCUGGGAGAAGGAGGUGGAUAACGUCGACACAAUCUUCCGCGAGCCGGGCUCGGGGAACCUGCUUGCCAUCUUGAACUGGAAGAAUGGCAGAAAGUCCAAGGUCCUUAUUGAAACUUGCUAUGAAAGAUGCCCUCGAAAAAUGCUUGACUUUUACGAGUCUCAUUUGGUCUUCAAAGAAGGUUGAGAUACCAGGUGGAGUCUGCCGUCUCUUUCCCUCCCAGCAAAUUGGGUGGAGCAUCCAGGCAUUCGCCUUCUUCUUCCCUUGGUAAUCUCCCCAAUGAUGCGAUUACUGGUCACGAAGCGUUGACAACGAGCCGUGCAUGUGGGUGUUCUGUUGGGGCGUUUCUGACCACCAUUUACAAAUGCUAUGACUGUAAGAUAAACCCUCUUUUGGGUAGUUCUUGGACAUGAGAGGUCAGCGGAGGGCCCAGAAUGUCCCAAGAUGAAAGAGCACUUGCACACAUCUUGAAAUGCUUCUUUCUUCCGUUGCCAUCUUCGUUAUAUUCCCGGGUCUUUCUCUGAGUUUUGUUCCUCAUUUGUGUCGCCUAGCGUUCCUCUGUAUUCUAGUUGCAUUUCCAGUUUGCGGUGGAGUUCUUAUUCAAUGGUUUCUGUCUCAAGACCGGCAGCCCUUGCCAUGCUUAGAUAUUCCCACCUAGC